AUCAUCAAAGGAAGAAAUUUUAUCUCCAAGGAUGGUCAAGCUAUCUUUUAUCCAUUGAAAAAUUGAUCGUUGAAGACAGAUGCAUGGCCCCGACUGUUCCCAGAUUGUCCAGCCCACUUGAAUAAAGCAAGACCUAUGAAGAGAAAGGAACCUACGGAGAGGCAAGGGGUGGCCCAAAAGUUGAGAAAAGUGUCAGAACCUGACCAAGAUGUACCCCCAGACGACGCCGAGAACGUUGCUGAAAACUGGAAACCAGAUCCUAUUACAAAUGAGGACCAGCCUUGCGAUCCUUGGAUCCUUUUUAACCCAAAAAUGUGUAAAAUUCCACCGGCGUGGUACUGGAUUACCCCCAAGGAUGAUCCAACGGUUUUGAUUUGUAUGCAGUUAAACGUAAAAACCAGAACAAAGUCGUUACAAUUUCGGGACAAGACUGUCUACCUCUGCCUAAACUGCAAAGUUUUCGGUAGCACUCUUCUGGACUCGCUUCAUGAAAACGAAACCUUGGCUCAGCAAUUCGAAAGAGUCAUCAGGGAUUUUGAUGAGGCGCAGAUCUGCCCAGGAGUGACCGAAGAAAAGUUUAGGAAGAUCAAGUUUUGUGCAGGCGCUUUCUUACAAGAAGAAGUCUGGCGAUCGGUGGACUGCAAAUUAGUGUAUAAUGGGACGGACCAGGAAUGCUGUGCAGACUGUUAUACCAUUAAGCGAGCACUUGGCAGAUUAAUGAGUAAAUCAUUAUCGACAAUGUCAGAUGAAGAUAAGCUGCAAAAACUAAAGAACGACUACAGGCUGGCUAUGAAAAGAUUGACCGAAAAAGUGAGAAGAUCCAGAAAAUGGAAAAGGAGAUCGCUUCAAUGGAGGCCCAAGAACACAUGUUUAAACUGGAAAAAUCGAUAAUGACUAGCGAGUUAAAGAUGAAGCAAGCAAUAAUUGAUUCUCAGGCGUUAGAGAUGCUGAAGCUCCGUCAGGAAUUCGCGCAGAAAGCAAGUGAUGUGCAACAAAACGAUAGCACGCUUAAAGCGAUCCUUAAUGGACUUAAUUCAAAGGUAUUCGAGUAGGAAGCUGUUAAAAUGGUUUCAGUGUUCAAGCUCAAAAAUCGUAAGAGUCAGAUCUUACU